UUUAUGUGUUGUGGAGAUAAUUAACCAAAGAAUCAACCCAAGACAGGAAUCAAAACAAAAUCAAAUAAUCCUGGAUAAAAAAAGGAUAUCAAAGUUGUAAUGCUUGGGGAUAAGGCUGUAGGAAAGAGUUCAAUUGCAACGAGAUUCUGUUUUGAUAAGGUAUAUAAACCCAUUAAAAUAUAAUAGUUUCAAUCAGAAUAUGAAAUUACAAUUGGUGGUGUGUAUAAUAGCGUUGAAUUAACAGUGAAAGGUAUUUGAAAUAGAUUAAUUAUGGAUAGGUUAAAACUUAAAGAUUCAUUUGUGGGAUACUGCAGGGGAAGAGAAAUUUAGAUCUCUACUUUCCCUGUAUUAUAGAGAUGCAAAUAUAGCUAUAAUUGUGUAUGACAUUACACAAAGUGAAACCUUUUAAUCGGUUUCAAUUUGGUUGAAAGAAUUGGAAGAAAAGAUAUAAAAGGAUGGUAAGAAUGACUUCCAUAAUUGAGGAAUGGCUCUGGCUUUAGUGGGCAAUAAGUGCGAUUGCUUGGAAUCGGAAAGAAAAGUGUCAAAAGCUAUGGCUGUUGAUUUUGCAAAGUAGAAUGGUAUGUUAUUCUAUGAAACUUCUGCCAAAACAGGAGAAGGUGUAAAGAAUUUAUUUUAACAAUUAAUUGAGACAUAUGUAACAGAGAAGAUGUGA